AUGGUUGAGACGUUGUUUUCUCUAGAGGUACAUGUGGAAAGUGUGGAAGAUCUUCAAGUAGCAUGUAAGUUACCAGCAUUGUGCUUUCGUCUGUUGGAUUUCCCAACGAUGAUAAUACAUCAUGUUUCUCCUGUCGACGCCGAGAAAUUACGACAUAGAAUUCGCAUGGAAGGCAAAGAUUUUGUACUUCAUGCUCUAAAAGAUCGCUUUGGAAAUUUCCAGUUUCGUAAAGGUAAAUCUUGCUUAUUCAAAGCAAGCAUAGACACUCUCCUGGUUCAACUACAAACUGUUCCUUUAUAUUCAAUGUUGAUGGAUUUGUGGCCGAAAAAGCCCCUACUUGUCGGAAGCUCGUUGAUUCCUUUAAAGAAAGCGAUAAAUGAAAUAUCUACCGAUGUUUACAAGAAUGGCGUGGCUGUUCCCUCUUUUUACAGAGAUGAGGGUGAUUUUAAUGUUUACAAUCUCAUGGGAAGUUCCAUAGCGAACGUAAAACUUGGUUUUAGGUUAUUGAGUUUGGGAGGGUCACUGAUCCCUCACAUUCCUACAGAAGCCUUGGGUGAGAGGAUUACUGAAAAGAUUGAAACGAACGGUGAAGUUGAGGAAGCUGUAAAGGGAGCUUUGGAAAAAGUAUUGCCUGAAAUUGAAUUAGAAGAUGAAAUUACAGAAAACGGAUUCGAUACAAAGAGCGAACGUGAUGCCAGAACUGUUAAGAAACCUGAUGAUAGGCAGAGUGUGGAAGUUCAAACAAAUCUUCCUGUAAAAACUCUCAAAACUUCUAGAACCGUUGAUAGAGGGAGAAAGACAAGCGAGGAAGAUGUAGUGAUCACCAAUACAGUUUGCCCUCCCCCUCUUUUUUAUAAUUAUUGUUCUAAUUCCACACCUUCUGGAAGGUUUCACUCAGAGGCUGAUGGCAAAGGGAUACGACAAAGUUCUUCAUUUCAUGUAGAUCCAAGACACAUACAAGCUGUUGAUCAAGGUGACAUUGCUGAUGUGGACUUUUUGUAUUAUGAUCCUGGUAUGGUUCAAACAGAUGGAACUGCCAAUGUUACAUCAGUUUCAGUACAAACUGAUGAUAAAUUAUUAAAACCACCCUUUGGACAACAGGGUGAUACUGUGCAAUCUGAAUUCGAUCUGUAUAAUCUACAAGGUGUUAUGUCCGAAAGUCAUUUGCCAAUUUUAAACGCAUUGCUUCAAGAACUUUCUUGUUUGACAAGAGCAGGUGAAACUCAUCCCAGUUCAUUAAGUGGGCAAUCUCCAAGAAUUCUGCCUACUGUUCAUAGCAAAAGAGGUCCUUCCGGUCAUAAAGGAUCACGGAGCGUUCCCAAAGAUGAAACAUACAGAAAACAAAAUGUUCAAGCAGCAUCUCUGAAAAGUCUCAAACAUCGGUUAUUGGUUUGCCAAGACAAAGAGUACGUUUCAAGCAGACAAGUCUCACUUACGGAAUGACUAAAACUCAAAAGAUGAGACUAGAGAUGAAUCAAAAGGGGAAAUUACCAAACAGAACUAAACCUUCUGAAGAACACAGGGCUUUAACUGAAAAAGAUAAGAUCAAAAGAGAGCAUGAGAAGAUGCCUUUGCCAACAGGCAAUUUAGAAAAGACAUAUAAAAUAGGCAUAGCAAAAAAACAGGCAAAGAGAGAUGCAAAGCAUACAGCAGAUGCACAGGUCCAAACGCAACAGUUAUCCACUGAAGUACCACCUAAUGAAGAAAGUGGGAUUCCUGUAACCACAUGGGUGGUGAAAGAGAGCUCUGCAUUAAUUGAUACUGAGCCAACUCUUCCCAAUACUGACAGUGCAAGGAGCGUAAAGAGUCAAAAUAGUCUGGAAAUUUUCAUCCCUCAGGUUGAAGGUAUGUAAACUAAAUGUAACAGAGAUUACAAACUACUGUUUUUCUGAGGCAGCCUUUGGGUAAGUCUCUAACAUACUCAAAUACAUCAGAGAGAAGUUCAAGAUGAGCACAACAGAUAGUUAUUUUGUUUGGCAAAGUCAAACUUAAUAUUUGGGAGACAAGACAAAAUGUGUUUCUACAGUGCCUUUCUAUAAAUUAACCUUCUACACUCUGACAACAGUAUGCAUAUUCUCCAUACUGUUCUCUAUUCAUUUCCUAAUGUGCUGACAAGGAGAAUUUGUUUAACAAUCAAGAGCUUCUUUAGUUUGUGAUCAUUUUCUUUAUUCUUGUGACCCUCAUGGGUGAUUCAGGGGAGACAUUUUAAGAAGAAAUUAGAUGCUGGUUACUCUUUGGAGUCAAAGUGAGUGACUCCAUUUCAAUUAUAGCUGCCCAGCAUUAUUUUUUAUUCUGUUUCAGCCACUGAUAACAUUAUUUUGAUUUCAGGAGAAUCAGAAGAGAGAAGUGAUCAGGAAAAGGAAUGGACCACUGAUCAGGCUACAGUUGGCUUUUAUGGUAACACAGGGAUCUUAGGUGCAGAGCUGGAUGGUGUGCAAGGAAGCUCUGCCAUGACCAUGUACACAGAGGACUUUCAAGAUUCUGGAACAGAGGGGUCGCAUGCAUCAUACCACUUAGCUUUCACAAAGAGUAGCAGUGUUGAAGAUGAAAAUCUGAGGCAGAGAUCAAAUUCUGACAUUUCAUCUACCAGUCAAAUGUCUCAAGGUAUUUCUGCAGCAUCAGGAAAACCAGUCCUGUCAUCUCAUUCUCCAGUGAAAGCAAAAUCCAAGAGGAUACAAGGGAGGAGGAAGGGGGAAGCUGCAGUGGAUGUGAAACAGAAAGUGACAACAUCAGAACAAGAUUCUGUUGCUCAGAUAUCUAACCUAGCCAAAAGUUCUUCUAGUUCAUCCAAAAAUUCUGAUGAAAGAAGUGAAGCAAGUUAUUCUGAUGACUUCCACUCUGUUGGCUCAGAACCUGAAAAACAGAACUCCCAAUCUUUAUCUGAUGAUAGUAUUGAUGACAACUCUCAGCACACAAAGCUUAAUCUUCCGCCUCCAGCAAGUAAUCUGGGAUAUACUUAUUAA